GAGACAGAGACAGAGCGACUCCCCUUGCAAGACCUGCUCAUUUCACUUCUCCAGCUGCAUUCUGUUACAUGCAAAUCACUAAUUCCACAAACUCCAAAGACUCUUCGGACUCCUCAAGGUGCUCCAAGUCCUCUAGGUCUUCAAAGUCUUCACAGUUUUUCAAGUGCCCCUAGCUGAGGGUUUUUAACUACGCUGUGGGGAGAUUGAGCUUCAAGACUCUAAGGUAUUUUGGAUCAUCUAGACCUGCGCAGGAGGGAAGAAUACUGAGCAACAAUGGAUCGACCCCCUGUGCCCACCCUCCACUGGAGACCUGCCAUUCUUACCCUGACCCUGACCCUGGCUCUGGAGUUGGUGCAUGGCUCAGCUUCUGAAUACAGCAGAGAGCGCCGCUACGUUCCGCAGCCAAAGUGCAUAGAAAUCCCCACCGACUUGCGGCUGUGCCACGGCGUGGGCUACGAGAAGAUGCUGCUGCCCAACCUGUUGGACCAUGAGACAAUGGCUGAGGUGCGGCAGCAGGCAGGCAGUUGGGUGCCGCUGGUACACAAGAACUGCCAUCCGAGCACCCAGGUAUUCCUAUGCUCACUAUUCGCACCCGUGUGCCUGGACCGCCCCAUCCCACCAUGCCGCUGGCUGUGUGAGGCAGUGCGUGACAGCUGCACGCCCAUCAUGGAGGCCUUCGGCUUCCCCUGGCCAGAGAUGCUCACCUGCGACAAGUUCCCGGAGGGCGACGUGUGCAUUGCCAUGAAUGACACAGUGACUCCCCAGCCAUCAGGUCCCUCGCCGCUCUGCCCACCAUGUGACAAUGAUAUGAAAGCAGAAGCCAUCCUUGAGCAUAUGUGUGCCAGUGAGUUUGCCAUCAAGACCAAGGUCAAGGAAGUGAAGCGGGAGAACUCAGACCGCAAGGUGAUCCUGCAGAAGCGGAGGAAGGUGAUGAAGCUUGGCAAUCUGAAGAAGAAGGACCUCAAGAAGCUGGUCCUCUACCUGAAGAAUGGAGCCGACUGCCCCUGCCCACAGCUGGACCACCUGGCCAACAUUUACCUCAUCAUGGGCCGCAAGGCUGAUCAGCAGUACCUACUGACAAGCAUCCACAAGUGGGACAAGUCCAGCAAGGAGUUCAAGAAGGCCAUAAAGAAGCUGAAAUCCCAUAAGUGCCCAACCUACGAAACGGUCUUCAAAUGAUCCCUUCUUGUGUAAAAUCUUGCUGUUUGAAAGGACUUGCACAAAAAACAACCUGAAACAUUUUUUUUAAUUGUCCUUGUUUUCUUAAGUAUAUAUUAUAAAUAUACAGAUUUUACUCUUUUAGCGCCUUAAUGUCUGAUUUUAACUCUGUCACUGUUUAUUUUUGAUUGAUGGUAUUACACCAUGUAAACUUGCACAGGUAUGACUGAGUCUAACAUCUGAAGUUGAUUUGAUGGCUUUUGCAAAUAUUUUGAUCUGAAACAUGACUUUAUAGUUUGUUCAGUGGGCGGCAAAUGCUUCUCUGAGGCCCAGAAGUCCUUACCACAGAACCACCUACCACAAGAAUUUUGAGUGUUGCUGUUGUUGCAAAUAAAUAAAUAAAUUUAAAGAAAUUAAAAAAAAGAAUUUCCAAAGAAAUGCCAAAAGGUAACGUCAGCACUGAAUUUACCCUGUUUAUUAGUCGGAUUACCUCGAGAUGCCUUUUCAGCUCUACAUUUUGCAAAAUCCUCUGCAUGAGGGAGGUGUGGCAUAGGGCUUUUAUUUUGUCUGUGAAAUUCAGUUUGCAAACAAUGUCCAAUUUCCUUAGAGCCACCAUUAAAUUUCCUGUAGUGUAUAUUGAAAAAAAGCAUAUUCUAUCAGAGCAGGGUUAAACUGAUGGAUGUUAUAUAUAUUUGUAUUUCGUGUAUUACAAAAGAACCAUUUAAAAUAGCACAAAUAUAGCACAACGCCGAUAAAUGCUGAUAUCUUUAGAUACCUUUAUUUUUGUGUUUGCUAUUUUUCAAGAAUUUACUGUGAGUUUAUUUACGCUUAAUUUUCUCGCUAAGGGCUUGAACUCAUUAAUUCAUGCUGCACUAUGAUGUAGUUGGAUAUUUCGGGAGGGUUUGCUUUCAUUUUUUCGGCCUGUUUGUUUAUGUUUGUUAUAAAUUGCCUCACAAUACUGUGAAACACUGUUAAACAUUUAUUCUGCCUUGGUAACAGAAUUUUUGUGCUUAAUUGUUUAUUCCAGAUGUUUCUCAGUUCAUGUACUGAUAGUUUUGAACUGGUGCUUUUGGGAAGAUGUGCUCUUUGCUUUUUAUCUUAUGUGAAACGUCAACAACAGUUAUAUUCAAUAAGAAAAGCAAAGAAAAUGAAAGUAACCAGUUCCUGGCAUUCCUGCAACUCUGUUAGUAUUUGACAUGCAAAAUAGAAAGAAUGUAAUUUGCUAUUAUGAAAGAUUUAUGCCACAGUUCAAUGAAGGCAAUGGAAACACCUCUCUGACAUGGAAGAAGCUGUCCAAUCUGGUCAAUAAUAAUUUUUAAUAAUCAUUAUUCAUUAGCAGAGAGGUUAAUAUAGCUCAUCCUUUCUACUUUCAUCUGUUACCAUCAAGAACUAGUAGGUAGUGACUUCAAUAUGUAAUUCCAGGAUAGCAUUUGCUUGAAUGUUGGUGAGAGCUUGAAUACCUGUAGAUUACUAAUACUCCUCAAUGUAAUAUUAUUUUAAUGAUCCAAAAAGAAUUGCUGUUUAAUAGUUACACCAUAAAAAAAUGUACUCAUUUACUAUUCCUUAAUCAAGUUAAUAAACUGUGGUGUGAGCCUCACCAGCCAGCCUUCAGCAGUAUUUUGUCAAACAAAAAAGCAAAGACCAAAAACACCAGUCAUGACUCCAGAGAAAGGUAUUGAAUGUACACAGCUCAGAUGUGGUCAUGUUCACUGUCUUGUGUUUCACCAUCACUGGUUGGGUCAGUGGAGGUCGGAGGGUGGGGUAGUUGUAAUAUAACUGAAGAUGGACUGUGUGUUUCAGGCUGUUAGCAUUGUGUAGUGUCACCAGUGCUCUGUUUGGUCUGAGGUUUCAUGAAAUUGCGGCUUGUGUCUCACGCUGCCUAUCACUAUGUACAUAACAAUUCUAGCCAUAAUAUAAAUGAGAAGA